UCUCACAGGACUGGCCCGCCCAUUAUGCAGCUUCGGCGGCCUACGUUUGGAGGAAACCGUACUGGGUGGCUUAGGGCGGCCGGAGCCCUAGAGAGCGGUGCCGCCCAACAACCUUUGCCUUCGGCUGGGGGGCCAGCUCCGCCUCUUCUCGUAUCUUUCCCAUAGCCCAAAAUGGCGGCGGAGGUGGAUUUCGGCGACCUAGAGCUGUUCGAGGCGUUUGACCACCUAGAGGAGUCGACUCCGAAGCCAGUUCACACCCUCUUCAAGGACGACGACGGCGACGAGGAGGACGAGAAUGGGGUCGGCGACGCGGAGCUGCGGGAGCGGCUUCGGCAGUACGAGGAAACCAUCGAGCAGCUCCGCGCCGAGAAUCAAGAACUUAAAAGAAAAUUGAACAUUCUGACUCGACCAAGUGGAAUAUUGGUGAACAAUACUAAAUUAGAUGGACCUUUAUUUCAGAUUCUAUUUAUGAACAAUGUUAUUUCAAAGCAAUAUCAUCAAGAAAUAGAGGAAUUUGUAUCAAAUUUAGUAAAAAGAUUUGAGGAACAGCAGAAAAAUGAUGUGGAAAAGACUUCCUUUAAUCUUUUGCCCCAGCCUUCCAGUGUUAUGCUAGAAGAGGACCAUAAAGUAGAAGAAUCCAGUGCUGUUAACAAUAAGGAAGCUUUUAGUGUUGUAGGAAGUGUCCUGUAUUUUACUAAUUUUUGCCUUGAUAAAUUGGGGCAACCGCUACUAAAUGAAAACCCUCAGCUUACGGAAGGAUGGGAAAUACCCAAGUACCAGCAAGUCUUCAGCCACAUUGUUUCUCUAGAAGGGCAAGAAAUACAAGUAAAGGCAAAAAGGCCAAAGCCUCACUGUUUCAAUUGUGGUUCUGAAGAGCAUCAAAUGAAAGAUUGCCCAAUGCCUCGGAAUGCUGCUCGAAUAAGUGAGAAGAGAAAAGAGUAUAUGGAUGCCUGUGGUGAGACAAGCAAUCAGAAUUUUCAGCAGCGAUACCAUGCAGAAGAAGUAGAAGAAAGAUUUGGAAGAUUCAAGCCAGGAGUUAUUAGUGAGGAACUUCAGGAUGCACUGGGUGUGACGGACAAGAGUCUUCCACCUUUUAUAUAUCGAAUGCGCCAGCUAGGAUACCCACCAGGCUGGCUCAAAGAGGCCGAACUAGAGACCUCAGGGCUUGCACUCUAUGAUGGAAAAGAUGGUGCUGAUGGAGAAACAGAAGCUGGAGAAGUACAACAAAAUAAAAGUGUCACUUACGAUCUCUCGAAAUUGGUAAACUAUCCAGGUUUUAAUAUAUCUACUCCCAGAGGAAUUCCAGAUGAAUGGAGGAUGUUUGGUUCCAUACCAAUGCAGGCAUGUCAGCAGAAAGACGUGUUUGCCAAUUACCUUACUUCUAACUUCCAAGCGCCGAGUGUGAGGUCCAGCAGCAAGAGGUCUUCGUCUCUGCCCAGCCCUAGUAGUCCAAAGAAGCAGAAGAAGGAAGGCAGCUCAGCAGCCUCGCCCGCCGACAUGGAGCUCGACUCGGAUGCAGAGGUCCCGCACGGGCCCCCGAGCAGCGAAGCUUUUCAGUUUCAGCCCCCGCUGCCCCCUGGCACUCCUCCGCUGCCCCGGAGCACCCCUCCACCCAUCUUCACACCUCCGCUCCCCAAGGGCACCCCGCCGCUCACUCCCAGUGGCUCACCCCAGACCAGAACGGCAUCUGUGACUAUGGACGAGGACGCACUGACUCUGGAGGAACUUGAAGAACAGCAGAGGCGGAUCUGGGCGGCCCUCGAGCAGGCCGAGAGCGUAAACAGUGAUUCUGAUAUUCCUGUUGACACACCUUUAACCGGGAAUUCGGUUGCCUCUUCACCUUGUCCGAAUGAGCCUGACCUCCCUGUCCCAGAGGGAAAAACAUCUGAAAAGCAGAUGUCAGAUGAGGCUGAGGUACCAGACACCUGCACAGAGAAAUCAGAAGUUGAACAAACCUCGAGUCCAGAUUCUGAGGCUGCCUUGCCUGGCCAGAAGCAAGAAGAAGGGCCGGCCGAGGCCGACUCUGAAGGUACUCUUGACAGUGGCAGGGUCGGGUCGGACUGUGAGGUCAAGAAUGGAGGCAGCAGCCAGAAGCUCCUUCAAACGGACACCAGUCCUGGAACAACCACUAAAAUCCAUAGCCCCGUCCCCGACAUGAGCAAGUUUGCAACCGGAAUAACGCCAUUUGAAUUCGAGAACAUGGCGGAAUCUACUGGAAUGUACCUCAGGAUAAGAAACUUGUUAAAGAACUCGCCCCGAAACCAGCAAAAACACAAGAAGGCUUCUGAAUAACUGCUUUUGACAUAGCACCAAGAGCUAUUUAAUUAUAACUGUGCGUUCUGGUAAUUAGUACUAAGUGGACAGGUAAAAUUAUUUUCCUGUUUGUCCCUCCCAUGUUAAAAGAAGUCUAUCUAAGGCUUAAUUGUGGUCUGAAGUCAGGCCUCUUUUAAAGAACAGAAGGACUGAGCUUGCUGGUUUACUAUAUUUUAUUCUCGCUGGUAAAACCUUGCGGGGGGGACGUAGGUAGGAGCUGGUUUAGAGGUAGUUUGUUAAGGUUUAUAUUAUUUUUGGAUCGUGUCUGUCAAGAGUGAUGGUUUUUAUCUGUCUUUUGUACAUUGUUUUCCCUUUCUACAUUUUGCUAAUUAUCCUGUAUGUAAGUUUAAUAUAUCACUUUUUAAAAGAAAAAAUUCUAACCACUUAAAAUUCAUAUUUCAACUCUGUCAACCAAAUGAGAAAAAUCAGGGAUGAGCAGCUUUAUCCCAUUUUGGGUAUUUUUGUAAGUGAUUUACAUGCAUCAGUUUUAAUAACACUUUUACUUUUUUGUAACUUCAUUCUUCAUAUAAGCUUGCUAUACAGGUAUGUUCAUCUUUGUGUACAAAGGUUUAAUAAAUUAGUUUUCAUAUACAUAAUCUGAGACUUUGAAUACAAAAAGAUGAUUCACAGUUAAAUUAGUAUAUACAACCUUGUAAGUUUGGAAGUAAAUUAUGUGCUUGCAAAAAUUAGUGGCAGCAAAGGAAAUAAAGAAAUUACAAGUU